AUGGCCACGUGUCGGCAGACUUCUUCCUCCAUCUCUGGGGGUGGCUCGACCCGGGGGGCUUCCCUCCAGGGUGGGGGCAGUGGCUUUGGUGGGAGGAGUCUCUAUGAGGGAGGUGGAAGCCGGUUUGUCUUCUCGGGGUCCGGAGGGGGCUCUGGGGGCUCCAUGAGCUGUGGCUUUGGUGGAGGGACUCGUGGUGGUUUCGGAGGAGGCUUUGGAGGUGGCCUUGGUGGCAGCUUUGGUGGGGGUUUUGGAGGUGACUCUGUUGACUUUGGUGGUGGCGAUGGCGGCCUCCUCUCUGGCAAUGAGAAGAUCACUAUGCAGAACCUGAACGACCGCCUGGCCUCCUACCUGGACAAGGUGCGUGCCCUGGAGGAGGCCAACGCCGACCUGGAGGUGAAGAUCCGCAACUGGUACCAGAGGUGGAGCCCGGACAGCCCCGAGCAGGACUACAGCCCCUACUACAAGACCAUUGAAGAGCUCCAGGACCAGACUGUGGCAGCCAAAGUGGUCAACUCCCAGAUUAACCUCCAGAUCGACAGUUCCAGACAGGCUGCGGAAGACUUCAAGAGCAAGAAUGAGAGUGAGCUGUCCCUGCGGCAGAUGGUGGAGGCCGACACUGAUGCGCUGCGCAGGGUGGGGGACAACCUGACCCUGGCCAAGACCGACCUGGAGAUGCAGGUGGAAGGCCUGAAGGAGGAGCGGGAUGAGCUGAAGAAGAACCACGAGGAGGAGAUGAAGGAGUUUGGCAGCCAGCUGGGGGGUCAGGUCAAAGUGGAGAUGGACGCCACCCCUGGUGUGGACCUGACCCGUGUGCUGGCGGAGAUGAGGGAGAAGUACGAGGCCUUGGCGGAGAAGAGCCGCCGGGAUGCUGAGGCCUUGUUCUUCAGCAAGACUGAGGAGCUACACAAGGAGGUGGCUUCCAACACGGAAGUGAUCCAGACCAGCAAGACGGAGAUCACGGAGCUGAGACGCACGGUCCAGGGGCUGGAGAUGGAGCUGUAGUCCCGGCUCAGCAUGAAAGCCGGGCUGGAGAACUCGCUGGCGGAGACCGAGUGCCGCUACGCCAUGCAGCUGCAGCACAUCCAGGGGCUGGUCGGUGGCCUUGAGGCCCAGCUGAGUGAGCUGCACAGCGAGAUGGAGAGCCAGGACCAGGAGUACCAGCUGCUGCUGGACGUGAAGACGCGGCUGGAGCAGGAGAUCGCCACGUACCGCAGCCUGCUCGAGGGCCACGAGGCCAAGAUGACUGGAGCUGGCACCAGGGAAGAUGUCCUGGGAGGUGGUGGAGGCAGCAAAGUCCGCAUCAAUGUGGAGUCAUCGUUGGACAGCAAGGUGGUUUCUUCUGCCAAGAGAGAAGUCUGA